AUGCCGUAUGUUGACCUCGUCUCAUGUAUGAGAGAGCAACCCAGGGAGUUUAUCAGCCUCCUGCGCCGUUCGUUGUUUAUUAGGGCAGAUUGGGCGAGAAACCCUCAAGCGUACCACUCCCCAGGCGAGACGAUAAUAACGGGAACGAUGUUGCGUGGCGUCUCGAGCAGUGUGGACGGGCAGCGUGUCGCGUUGCCCGGGGAUUCGCCUAUCUGCAGCACUGUCUUCAUAAGGCUUCUCUACAACUUCACGCGUAUGUCGGACGGAGGGGGAUGGUGUGCAGCCGCGAUAUCGAUUCCAGAAAGAGAUGUCCCAUAUAACGAGGUUGAUUCUUUGGUGAAUGAUGCGGGACAGACCCAUCGGCGGGAUUCCGGCGAGGCGCCGAGCGGGAAUACUUUCACAUUGCAUCGAAACGUUGAUGAAUCAAACUGCGAGGACUACUACAGGCUUUCAGGGGAUCAAUUCUUUGAAAUGUCACAUAUGGUGAUGCGGGAAGACUUCUUUGCUGAGCGCUUCGCUGGGUUUUGCUCAUUUACACCAUUCCUCCACCCCCCGUUCUUGGGUGGCUGCUUUGUGCGUUUCGUAUCUAGGGAGGACGCUUUGCAGUGUUUAGAGUGGAUGCGAAGCCAACCGGGGUUUCGACAACUGUUUUUAGUACAGAUGGCACGACAAAACAGUAUUGUCCCUCUUGCAGCUUAUCAACACGGAAUGGAAGUUGACACUGAAUAUACCACAGAUUUUUGA